UGCGAUAGUAUCGCUCUUUUGACAGCUGCGCCGCUGCGGUCACACCGCGUGUCAAACGAGGCUUCCUGCGCUCAGCUCUGCCGAACGCUCGUUCACUUUGUUCGAAUCCGUCGCCGCUUAGACUUCGUGAUUUCUCAUUCAGCUUAUUCGAGACCAUCGUGUAAUCAUCCAACAUGGGCAAGGAAAAGAUUCACAUCAACAUUGUCGUGAUCGGACACGUCGAUUCCGGUAAGUCGACCACCACCGGACACUUGAUCUACAAGUGCGGUGGUAUCGACAAGCGUACCAUCGAGAAGUUCGAGAAGGAAGCCCAGGAGAUGGGCAAGGGAUCCUUCAAGUACGCCUGGGUUUUGGAUAAGUUGAAGGCUGAGCGCGAGCGUGGUAUCACCAUCGAUAUCGCCCUGUGGAAGUUCGAGACUGCCAAGUACUACGUGACCAUCAUUGAUGCCCCCGGACACAGGGAUUUCAUCAAGAACAUGAUCACUGGUACCUCGCAGGCCGAUUGCGCCGUGCUGAUUGUCGCCGCCGGAACCGGAGAAUUCGAGGCCGGUAUCUCGAAGAACGGCCAGACCCGCGAGCACGCCCUGCUCGCCUUCACCCUGGGUGUGAAGCAGCUGAUCGUUGGUGUGAACAAGAUGGACUCGUCCGAGCCCCCAUACAGCGAGGCCCGUUAUGAGGAAAUCAAGAAGGAAGUGUCCUCUUACAUCAAGAAGAUCGGUUACAACCCAGCUGCCGUUGCUUUCGUGCCCAUUUCCGGAUGGCACGGCGACAACAUGUUGGAACCCUCUACCAACAUGAACUGGUUCAAGGGAUGGAAGGUGGAGCGCAAGGAGGGUAACGCUGACGGCAAGACCCUGAUCGAUGCCCUCGAUGCCAUCCUUCCCCCAGCCCGUCCCACCGACAAGGCCCUGCGUCUGCCCCUGCAGGAUGUGUACAAAAUUGGCGGUAUUGGAACAGUACCCGUGGGCCGUGUGGAGACUGGUGUGCUGAAGCCCGGUACCGUUGUGGUCUUCGCCCCUGCUAACAUCACCACUGAGGUCAAGUCCGUGGAGAUGCACCACGAGGCCCUGCAGGAGGCCGUUCCCGGAGACAACGUUGGCUUCAACGUCAAGAACGUGUCCGUGAAGGAGCUGCGUCGUGGCUACGUUGCCGGUGACUCCAAGGCUAACCCCCCCAAGGGCGCCGCCGACUUUACCGCUCAGGUCAUCGUGCUGAACCACCCCGGUCAGAUCGCCAACGGCUACACCCCCGUGUUGGAUUGCCACACCGCCCACAUUGCUUGCAAGUUCGCUGAGAUCAAGGAGAAGGUCGACCGUCGUUCCGGCAAGACCACUGAGGAGAACCCCAAGUUCAUCAAGUCUGGCGAUGCUGCCAUCGUCAACCUGGUGCCCUCCAAGCCCCUGUGCGUGGAGGCCUUCCAGGAGUUCCCCCCUCUGGGUCGCUUCGCUGUGCGUGACAUGAGGCAGACCGUCGCUGUCGGUGUCAUCAAGGCUGUCAACUUCAAGGAUGCCUCCGGUGGCAAGGUCACCAAGGCCGCCGAGAAGGCCACCAAGGGCAAGAAGUAGCUGGUUUGCUUCCACUCAACAACAACAACAAGCAGUAGCAGCAGCAUCAAGCAAGUAACCAACAUCAUAAUGCAGCCAACAACACCACUCAAUACCAGCAACAGCAGCAGCGAGCACAAUAGUAGUAUAACACCAACACCUGUCCUGCGCAAGAUGACCGAUAAGAUGAUGUUCCAGCAGAAGCAAAAGUUUAAUUUCUUCCAUCGAAAGGAAUUUCGACGGAUACGAAUGCUAAAUGCAGUCGAGGCCGCCUAAAUUGGGAAACGGUGGAUCCCAAGGAAGAGUGCACACUGGGAAAAACACUUGCAUUUAUGCAUCCACUCCUCCUCCAUCUCCCCGUCGAUCUUUAGUUUACUACAUAUGAUAUGAUAAGGAGUUGACUUCGUUAUGGUAUCAUAUAUAGAUAUCCUCUGUAGCAUUUAUAAUAUCGUUUAAAUUAACCUUUUUUCUUUGAUAUGUAUCAUUUAUCUUACCCUAUUUUUGCACACACUACUUUGUACACAAGAAAAGAACCAGAAUAGAAGCGAUAACUUUAUUUACAAAAAAAUAAAAACCCUAUUUUUGUA